CCCAAGCAAGCUGGUGAUGGAGGACGACGAAGCCAAAGCAAGGAAGAAGGCCAGGACUUGAUGUUAAGUUUAUUUUCCUGAGAAGGUCUCCGUGCAAAUAGUUCUCCUACCUCUGUUCUAUUUUUCUUUUAUGACCUGAGCGACCAGCAUCGGAGCAGUAGCGAUUAGCGAACCCCAUCCUCGGAACCUUCUCAAAAAGUCAACCCCCUUCCGACACCUUUCACCAUUUCUCCCUCCUCCACGCCUCUGCUCCGCCGCCUCCUUCGCCGCCGGUCGGAGCGGAGGAAAGUAGCAAUAUGGCAGGCACCGACGACUCUGCUCGAACCAUCGGGAUCGACCUGGGCACGACCUACUGCUGCGUCGCCUUCUGGCAGAACGGCCGUGUCGAGAUUGUCCCCAACGAACAAGGCAACCGGACCACCCCAUCCUACGUCGCCUUCACCGACUCCAAGCGCCUCAUCGGGGAUGCCGCCAAGAACCAGGUCGCCAGGAACCCAACCAAUACAGUCUUCGAUACCAAGCGGCUCAUCGGUAGGCGAUUUACAGAUGAGUCUGUCCAGAAUGACAUCAAGCUCUGGCCCUUCAAGGUCAUUUCUGGACCAGGAGACAAGCCUAUGGUUGCUGUUCAGUACAGGGGUAAGGAGAAGCAGUUUACAGCGGAAGAGAUCUCCUCAAUGCUUCUCAUCAAAAUGAAGGAGAUUGCUGAAGCCUACCUUGGCACCAGCAUCAAGGAUGCUGUCGUCACUGUUCCUGCCUGCUCCACCGACUCGCAGAGGCAGGGCACCAGGGAUGCUGGAGUGAUUGCUGGUCUCAAUGUUAUCCGUAUUGUCUCUGAGCCGACUGCUGCUGCAAUGGCUUAUGGUCUUGACAAGAAGGCUAGAUUUGAUAAUGACUAUGUUCUUGUCUUCGACCUUGGAGGUGGUACCUUUGACGUCUCUCUUCUCAGCAUCUUGGAUGGUAUCUUUGAGGUCAUUGCCACAGCUGGUGAUACUCAUCUUGGAGGUGAGGAUUUUGACAACCGGAUGGUCAACCACUUCGUUCGGGAGUUCAAGAGAAAAAACAAGAAGAACAUCAGUGACAAUCCUAGGGCUCUCAGAAGGCUGAGGACAGCCUGCGAGAAGGCCAAGAGGACCCUCUCCUCCACUGCACAGACCACCAUUGAGAUCGACUGCCUGUAUGAGGGCAUCGACUUCUACUCAACCAUUACCCGAGCCAUGUUUGAGGAGCUCAACAUGGAUCUCUUCAGGAAAUGUAUGGAGCCUGUGGAGAUGUGCCUCAAGGAUGCUAAGGUGGACAAGAGCACGGUUCUUGAUGUUGUCCUUGUUGGUGGCUCCUCUAGAAUUCCAAGGAUUCAGCAGCUUCUCCAGGACUUCUUCGACGGGAAGGAGCUUUGCAAGAGCAUCAACCCUGAUGAGGCUGUUGCCUACGGUGCUGCUGUCCAGGGUGCCAUCUUGAAUGCAGUGGACUGGAAAUGUGAGAAUUCGAGGAUUAUUCAGGACCUCCUCCUGUUGGAUGCUACCCCUCUUUCUCUUGGUUUGGAGACGGAUGGGGGUGCCAUGAACGUGCUGAUUCCAAAGAACAGACUCAUCCCCACCAAAGCGACCGUGAUCUUAUCUACCGACUCCGACAACCAGACAUCUAUCCUUAUCAGAGUGUACGAGGGUGAGGGCACCAGGACUCGCGACAACCACUUGUUGGGCGAGUUUGAGUUCUGCGAUAUUCCUCCAGCACCCAAGGGUGCUUCACAGAUCACUGUUGUCUUGGGUAUCGACGCCGACGGUAUCCUGGAGGUCUCUGCUGAGGACGAAACCACUGGCCAGAAGAAGAAAGUUAUCCUCAACAAGAGAUUUUAUUUUAAAAGUUAAUCAUUUUUUCAGUAAUUAUUAAAGUAAUGUAUAAGUUGUUGCAAAAUAAUGGAAAUAAUAUAUAAUAUCUUCUCACGUGCGAUAAUAAUGCAGGCAAACCUUUUUUUCUACA